AGGGAAGUAUGUGAUAGCAUAUCUUGUGACGAUAACCGUCAAAACAUUGUUUGUGGCAACGACUGGAGAAGAUUCUGUUCUGUGUUAGCUUGCAUACACAUAACCUAAUCACAACUGUAAGUGUGACGUCAGAACCAUUCGCAAACGUCCUUAAAAUGUUAUAUCUAUCAAAUUUGACGAUAUUCAACCCACUGGAACAAAUCUGAUUGAAACACAUUCUUCAGAUGAGUGACGCCGAUCUAUAAAAAUAAAUAUCACCUGUGCGCACUAUCGUCAAUGAGUAGUAUUUAUAUCAGUUCUCGUCUCGUAUUGUUUUUAUGAAUCGUGUGACUGAUAUGAGAUAUACGGUAAAAACCACCUAAUUUAUUGCGUAUGUUGAACAUGUAGAAGUUUAUAGGGGGCAAACAUGCAGCGGAGGGAUUGCUAUAUGAUAUCAAAAAGUACUACUUUUGUAUGUUGUAAAUACUUGUAUUUUGCGGAUAUUUUGCUCUGGCAAUCUUUUAUAACCUCGUAGCGUUCACUAGAUAUGCGAGGGGACGAGAGUCCGCGAGCUGUAUAUUAUAUAUGGAAGAUUGUGCUGCCAGUUUCUACUUUACUAUAGUCAACUCAAGGGAAGGAAUGAGGGGGUGAUGUGGAAGAAAUUGACGGGCUAGAUCCUACAAAGAUUGCGAUACGCUAAUGCAUUUACUCGAAACAGUCAGUGAACCUGAUGUCUCAUCUAACAGCUGGCUCACUCAUUUACAUUAAUUUCACGGUAAUUAAGAACAGGACAGAGUAACAUUUUACAAUUAACUGAACAUUAAAAAAAACACCAGAUAAGCUUCUGAUGAAGCGAAUUCUGAAAGAAAAGUUCUAGGUGCCGCAAACUGCAAAGAAUAAAAAAAAAAACAAAUGUGCUUGUUUUGACACUAUAAUAACAUUACUUAGAUUCAACUAAAAACUUUUUUAAAGAUCAGGAGAUAAACCUGUAACCCAAUAACUACAGAAGAAUCUCAAAGUAUGUUGGACAAGGGAAAACUUAAGGAUGGUUUUAUCACCCGCGAGGGUCACAGGACGCAGGUCACUUCCUUGAUCAUCCGGAAAAUGGCGGGUGAUGAGAACCAGGCUUCAGAAAUACGAAUAGCCUUUCGCUAACGUGUAUAUCGAUAAAUAUGGACAGGAUUUUAAAAUCGGAAUUCAGAAAGUGAAAUAUGAUGCAACAAUUUAUGAUCAUAAAUAUCACAUUUGUCAUGUAUACGGAUCGCAACCAAAUUAUCACACCAACCUCGUUCCCAGGGAAUUAUUCAGUCAGCCCACACUUGGGUAGAACGAAUACCUUGGGAUGCGUGUUGCACCAUUCACUGUGGUUGCACCCAUCGUUAUCGUAAUGAAUAGUGAUAGCAUCUAGGAACUUCGAGCAGGCGUACACUGAACAUUUACUCGAAGAAAACAUUUCUGUAAAACUAUUUCACACAGCAGCAUGACAGAUUUUUGUUAAAUUUCGAACAUUUUAGAUUUCAACUGUUUUCAUUGGGAUGUGUUAUAGAUAAACCAAAGCCAAAGAGAAAGAGAACAAAGAGAGUAAUAGCUAGUUUUCAUUAGGGAUGAGGCUAGCUAGGUUCACGAAUUGCCGGCCUCCUUGUGUGAACAAAAAGAUUGUUGAGUCGGUCAAAUUUUUGGUGUGAACACUUUACAAGCGGACUAAUUCGAAUUUCGAACACAGAAUUGCCGAAUUCGUCCUGUCGGAGGUGAUAUAUUCGGCGUGAAAAUCUCUGGGUAGUGUCACAGUGUCACUUGCGUAGCUGUAGCUAGGUGUAAACCUUCCUGGCACUUGAUCCCCUGUAUUUAAAUUUCGAUUUUCAAAGUCCUAAUUAUACUUUCUUAAGAGCAGCAAAUUUACAAAUUUGUCUCCCAUUACAUUUUACAGUUUUAAAACUCCAAAUAUGAUACACAAAAAAUGUAAAAUUGCCAGUGGAUAGUCGUGUCUGAGCUUUUACAUAGAUCGUCGGAGGCACUCGGAAAUGUUAAGUGGACGUUGUCAGGUGAUUUACGUCACGGUCAAUAAACUGUUUGAUAUUGGUUUCCGGGAACAUUACGAACAUAUAGUCAAAGAUAUUUGUAACAAAGCCCAAGAAGAUUCGUUUCAUUAAGAGACAUGAGACUCUACGUUUUGUGAUUUUCAUAACGCGAGCUACAUCGCUUAAAGAGACAAACAGGCAAAUCCAGAUUCUAGACCACUUAAAUGUCUUAAUCCAAACCACUUGCCUAUCAAUCAUUAAAAUACCAGUGUUGACAUUUUGAUAUUGAUCUAGCUUUAUUGAAACAGCCACCGGUGCUGAAUCUACAUAUUUAAAUAACUGAUAAGGGAUAUUUCGGGUUUAAUAUAUAAAUACUGCGCCAUGACAUUUGACACCAAAGGCGAAGGAGACACUGAGGCAUUUGAAGUCACAAUGGUGCCAGAAGAAAAGAAGGGUGGACAGGGGAUUUCAGGAAAGAAAACCCUUAUAUUUGCCAUCGCGGCUAUAAUUGUUCUGAUAAUCAUAAUCGCAGUUUGUCUUGGCGUGAUAUUGAGUUCGGAGAAGUCAAAUAAAGUUUUGCCAGCUCGGCCGAUAUAUCCAAUUAUACUUAUUUCAGCCGAUGGAUUUCGUCCGGAUUAUCUAACACGCGGUCUCACACCAAACAUAAUGAAGUUAGCAAAGAGUGGUGUACGAGCAAAGUUUCUUUUACCACAGUUUCCUACAAAAACGUUUCCCAACCAUUUCACUACCGUGACCGGUCUGUAUCCAGAAUCUCACGGAAUAGUAUUCAACUCGUUUUAUGACCCAGUUCUGAGGAAAAGAUUUUCAAUUCGUUUCUCCAGAAAUCCUGCUUUUUGGAGUGGGGAACCGAUUUGGGUAACAGCAAAUAAAAGCAGUUUAAAAAGCGCUUCCUAUUACUGGGUUGGAUCAGAAGUAGAAGGCAUGCGACCAAAUUACUACUUUAAAUAUAAUCAAACAGUACCAUUUAAUGAUAGAGUUGAACAAGUUUUAAAGUGGUUGCAACUGCCAAUGGAUGAAAGACCAUCUUUUAUCACACUGUAUUUUCAUGAACCUGAUUAUUCUGGUCAUGGGUAUGGACCUGAUUCAUCUAAAGUUGAAGAACAAAUUCAAGUUAUUGACAAUACAAUAGGGUUGUUAAUCAAGGGAUUAGAAAAUAUGAAGAUUUCUGAUUCAGUCGAUAUAAUUCUUCUUUCUGACCAUGGUAUGGCGGCUGUAAACUGUUCUGACACAAUAUUUUUGGACCAGUAUAACGUCUCGGCCAGUGAAUUAUACAUAACCAAUUAUGGCUCUGUUCUUAGUUUUAAUAACAAGAAAAAGUAUGAUCGCGAGAAAGUGUUCAAUAUGAUCAAGUGUCGCAACAACUCUUUUCAGUCCUUUUACAAGACGGACCUUCCAAAAAGAUUGCAUUUCUCGAAGAACAGGCGGAUUGAUGAUGUUUUGGUGUUGGCUGAUCCAGGCGAAAUCAUUUCCGUCGACUCAAGUGAAAAAAACCGAUGCCGUAAUCGUGGUACGCAUGGUUAUGACUAUAUUUUUCCAUACAUGAGACCCAUCUUUAUCGCCAGCGGACCUUCAUUUCUAAAAGGAAAAGUGGUGGAACAUUUUUCAAAUCUUGAAAUAUAUAACUUAUUAGCAAAUCUCCUGCAGAUUAAACCAGCUCCGAAUAACGGGACAAUCGGAAGUUUAAAUCGUUUACUUGUACCAGACGCCAGGGCAGUUGUUCAAAAAUCAAAAGGUGAUGGUAGUGUGCUUCGCACAGACAUUUGUAAAUUUCCGAACGACGAAGUAUUUGAUACGCGUAGCAAGAAUGGACUUUGCGCUUCAUGCACGGUUCCUCAAAAGGAUGUUAAUAAAACGAAUAUGUUUUUCAACAUUCCCGCAAAAGAAGCACGGUUGUAUGAAGAAGAACAUUUACCCUGGGGUUUACCUGACGGCGGUGUUUAUAAAGAUUUAGGAUGUCUUUUGAUUCAACAAUAUUUCAUUAUCGGAUACAGUAUUUAUUUACGUAUCCCACUCUGGACAGCACACAGAAUAAAUGGAACGGAACUUUUACGAAGUGAUGAUACUAAAGAUUGUUACAGAAGCGACGUUCGUCUUUCCGAAGAUGAAACCGCAAGCUGUACAAGUUACAACAACUCAGGUUACGAUCCGGGAAAACUGGUAUCUAGCAGGGAUAUGAAUUUCAACAAUUUUGCAAUGUUAUCCACGUCUACAUUAGCAAAUAUUGCUCCUAUGUAUCCUGUUUUUGAGAAAGGAAUUUGGACGAGACUUGAAAAUAUAAUUCGGGAGUGGGCAAUAAAAUACAGCAUAAUUCACGUGAUUACUGGAACAAUAUUUGAUGUUGACGGAGAUGGCUUAAAAGACAAAGAAAUUUCAAAUAAACGACGAACUCAUACCUCGGCUCAAAAUCCUGCUAUUCCAACACAUUUCUACAAGAUUGUCACUAGAUGUGACACAAAUACGACUGCAGAGUACGACAUAGAAAAAUGUAGUGGUACUCUUCGUGUGAUUUCCUUCAUUCUACAGCACAGGAACGAGUCCUGCCAGUUUCAAUCCUACAACAAAAUAAUACUUCAGAAUGUGGCUCCCGUCAGAGAUAUUGAACUCCUCACUGGUAUAAAUUUCUUCCCCAAACUUCCGGCACAGUUGCAGGUGGAACUGAAGACAUUUAUUCCUGUUGAGCUUUGGGCUUAAGUUUAUCGCCAUGCAGUAUCCA